CCGGGGCGGGAGCGGGAAGUUGCGAAAGCGGCAGGCUCGGAUCGCGAGCCAUGGACGCGGCCACGGCCCCGGCCGGCUCCGGCUCCCCGGCGGCCCCCGAGCUGGAGACGGUGCCGCUGGUGGCGCUGAACUUCGCGGUGCGGCGGCGGCUCGGGCUCUACCUCAACCCGCGCGCCCCGGUGGCCGCCGACUGGACGGCGCUGGCCGAGGAGCUGGGCUACGAGUACCUGGAGAUCAAGCACCUGGAGGCGCAGCCCGACCCCACCGCCCGCCUGCUGGAGGACUGGCAGGGCCGCUGCCCCGGCGGCGCCACCGUGGGCCGCCUGCUGGCGCUGCUGCGGGCCGUGGGCCGCCAAGACAUCCUGGCCGACCUGGGCGGCCGCAUCGAAGAGGACUGUAAGAAGUACCUACAGAGGAAAGAGCAGCCUCUUCAGGUGCCAGCAGUAGACAGCAGUGUCCCGAAGACAUUGGAGAUGUCAGGCAUCACUACCAGAGAUGAUCCUUACGGGAACACACCAGAGCUAUUUGAUGCCUUCAUCUGUUACUGUCAGAAAGACAUUCACUUUGUCCAAGAGAUGAUCAGAGAGCUGGAACAAACGGAGUUCAAGCUGAAGCUGUGUGUGUUUGAUCGGGAUGUCCUGCCAGGAUCGUGUGUGUGGUCCAUCACUAGCGAGCUUAUAGAGAGACGGUGUAGGAAGAUGGUGGUUGUUAUUUCAGAUGAUUACCUAGACAGCAAUGAAUGUGAUUUCCAGACCAAAUUCGCUCUUAGCCUUUCCCCAGGUGCUCGCCACAAACGGCUGAUUCCAGUCAAGUGCAAAUCCAUGAAGAAUGAGUUUCCAAGCAUCUUGAGGUUCAUUACGGUCUGUGACUACACUAAUCCCUGCACCAAAAAAUGGUUCUGGAUAAGACUGGCAAAAUCCCUCUUGCUUCCAUGAGACAAAGCUACAUAAGCCAGGUGCCUUUUGAUCCUGCACAGUUGUGCCUUCAGAAAAAAAGAAACUCUAACAUCCAGGUGUAGUCUAUACAGUCUUUCAACAUGUCAGAACUUUGAUCCUUGCAAUAUUAUGCCUGGGGCCUGCAACAGACACACAAGUGAUAUCUGAAGGGGGGCUUAAUUGCAUUAAAUGGGGAGUUAAUUGCAGUAAAAGGACUACAAUGCACUUCUCCAGGUGGGUAACUUGAAAUGACCAAAGCCACAAACCGUUGAUGUUGUACACAACUUUUAUAUGGUUUUAAACACUGUUACAGGGCUCCCGUAGUGGUAUCUGGGGAUUGUCAGGGGAAUAGUUUCUCUCUUUAAUCCCUGGUGAAAUCUGAUGGCUGGUUACUGACCUGUGUGAAAUGAGUUUGGGGGUCUCAGUCUGGUUUUUAGUGGACAAAUGACAAAUGCCAUGAAAAUCAUUGAUACUGGCACCUUGGUUGGGAGAGAGGCCAAGGAUUGAACUACCCUUUUGUUCCCUAGAGGCAACCCCUCCAGAUCCGGGUUGUAGCAGACUGGAAGGGCAGGUUCCAUUGCUGCUGCCCAGAUUAAACCUGCUCUCUGGCUGUAUGGAGGACUUCAAUCUCCAGGACACUCUUUGUAUUUAAUGAGCAGCACAUUUACUUAAACAUCGUUUAACUAUCUGAAAGAAAUUAACUGAUCUCCCAUUAUUUUUAGCAAUAUCUGACUCUUGAGAAAUGGCUGAAGUGAGUUUAUUUUUUGUUUAAUAUUUUUUUCUCAAUUUUGGUCUUUUACAACAUUUUAGGUCAUAUUCCAACCUAUUCAGAGAGUUAGUUACUCAUGUAACGCCCCUAUUGCUGACAUCCUCUGAAACAGCCUUCCAACCUUGAUCAACGAUUGGUUCUUCGUUAAAAGCAAAAACCAUAGAGAAAGUCAUACUAAAUAAUGAGGGUGCUGCUUGUAGCAUGUCCGUCUGUCCGUCUUUGCACAUGUCCCAUUUAACUAAGUGAUCGCUCUUACAUCAGCACUGGGAAAUCAUAGAUCCUGUAAUGUUUACAACAGAUCAAUCUCACGUCGAUGGCUCAGUCUUGGAUUUGUAUUGUAGGAUUGAACCUUAACACACAAGGUGCUGAAUACCUUCAGCUUCCAUUGACUUGAAUGGGAGAAUUGAGCUAAGAACUUUCUAGGAGCAGCCCCUAAAUCAUUUGGCCUCUAAGAAUCUCGCAGAACACACUGGCUUUACAAUGUCCCAAAACCAAAAGGAUAAGUGUCUGACAAAGAAUGCCUUGCAUUAUAGAUCAGACCUACGUCAAAACAAAUAGUAAUGUUUUAAUAUGAACAUGUAUAUUUGAAUUAAUAUAUUAUGAUACUGUGAUUAAUUAAUCCGUAUACUUUAAAUCUAAAAGAAUCCCCAGUUGCUUGCAUGAAUGAGGUUAGGCGCACCACUCUUGUUGCUGUAGUUGUAUGCAUCGUGUGGAUCUUGGCCUCAGAGGCUCUGCAUGAUCCAGCCCUUAUGGAAACUUGGAGGGUGGGUGGGUUGUCCUGUGUUGUUUGUUUGACAGGUUAUUUUAAAACAGGGUUUUGGUAAAUGUUUACUUUCCAAAGCAAUGUGGUUUUCCUGUGCCUACAAAUCUCUAUUUGCUUGAGUUGCUGCAGGUUGGUUCGUUCCUUCAGCCACUGAUUUGCUAUGGAUUUUAUUUCUUAAAAGGAGUCACUCGUGUACGUUUUCAAACAGUAGCCGAUCCUCAGUUUCUUGACUAUUCAUUGCAAAAUUAACUGUUUUGAGUUCUUCUGUUAGAAAUGUCUGUGUCUGAGUGUCUUUAAAGGACAUUAAUGUCUACUCAUAAGCUGUUGCUAUAUGUUUUACCAACUUCUUUUUGCCCACUAGGUCUCUUGUAAUAGACAAGCCAACCCUAUUGUUGGGAACCUCAAUUAACUGAAGCUUGUUAAAGCUCUUAGCAUCAGUGCUGGGGAACACUUUUGGAUGGGCCUGCAAAACACACUUUUUGCCAUUUCUGCCAUUAACGUAGUGGUCUCCACCACUCUGAUGAGAUCACCCUGCAUAGGUCUGUCCUGAGGAUGUUGUGGGAAUUAGUGAGAGAACUCUGGGGAAACCCCCAAACUUAACUGAUCUAAAUGGAUAUAAAUGUAUCUCCCAGUCCUCUUGUCCUCUGGCCCUUGGUCCAGAAGUGGAGCACAGCUGCUUAUCUUGGGAUUCCUGCAUCGUUUCUAAAUGUCAAUUAUAUAAAUAACCUGGGGUUCUGAGGACUGCUAGGUCCCCAGCCAUUGUAGGGAAUUGGAUUGAUUUUUUUUUUGCUGAAUAUUAGCACUUCCCUAGUGUUUUACAAACCUGAAUACACCAGUGGUGGGAUUGAACCUGAUAUGUUUGGAUCUAAAAGCAUGAGCUUCUGUUGAAUGACUAGGUCUAUUAACUCCGAAGGCUGUAGCAGAAACAUGAAACUCUUCAUGGUCUAGCCACUGGGGGGGGAGUACAGUGAGCCACACUUACACACAUAACUGUUAGUGAAUUACACCUCCUAAUCCUGCUGGCUGGCAGGGGAAACUUGUCCCCAGUUCAUAGCGGGGAAACAGGCACAGAAAGUUUAAGUGACUUAUCCAACAUUGCACCAUCUGGAACCCACAUUCCCUGACUCCCCGUGUCCUGUUUUAAGUAGGAAAUGUUUAGCACAGAUAUUGAACUCUUUGGCAGAGACUAUAAUUUUACAACAUGUUUGUACAGCGCCAUCUGUGGUGGACCCUGAUCUCUGGUUUGGACCUAUAGCUGCUACAGCAAUGCAGAUAAUAAAAUGAUACUAUACUGUAUUCAUAUUUACUAGGUGAUGAAAUGAUAGAUGAAUAUCUCUGCUCUCUGAAUAGAGAAGAUGCUGCUUUUGCAAGGAAAGAAACAGCAGCAUCUUCAUCAUUUCUAGUUCAUCCAAACAUACCCAGAUGAAUUUACCAUUCCUAAUAACCAUCAGAGACCUCAUAUUGUCACCUAACCUCUCUGUGUCUCCGAAGAAAGCUGCUGUUCUUUAUAAGUGCAAAGUAUUGUUAAUGAAUGGGAUGUGCAUGUACUCAGCUUUUUAAAAUCAAGACAAAAGUUCUUAAGUAGGCUACAAUAACGCUCUUGGGGUUAGAAGUAGUAAUCCCAGAAAUAGAAGGUCUGGAGGUUUAAAGAGGUACUUCCGUAAUAUACUGUAUGUCAGGUGUCCCCAGACUUUUUAUGUCAUGUUGUCCCUUAUGUAAUCUGUCCAUGCCCCUCCUGAGGGCUGGGAGCCAAGGCUGGGGCUGGAGCUGCAGCUGGGGUCAUGGCUGGGAGCGGGGGCGGGCUGGAAGCUGGAAGCGGGAGCCAUGUGGUUGGGAGGGGAGCCAGGCCGUGGUGGGGGGGUCGAAGCUGGGGCUGGAAUGGAGCUGGGGGCAGAGCGUGGCUGCAUGGUGCUCCGUCCCAACCCCUUGUGGGGGCUGGCCCUGGCCCCGCUGCACCGCCUGAAUGUUUCUCCAUGCUCCCCUAAAUGGGCACGCCUCACAGUUUGGAGACUUCUGCUGUAUGCUAAAGUAACUUCAAGAUCCUAUGCACUUCUGAAUUUGUCAUAAAUCUGUUCUGAGUGUGACAUCUCCUUAAGUCAUAAAAUGUUAUUUAUCCCAAAUGCAAUUAAAUUGCAAAGGAGUGUUUCUCCGCCCUUCCGCCUCGUCCUGUGCAGAGGAAGAGCCAAAUCCUCAAUGUGUUUUUAAAAAAUUACCCACAAAUGAUGUUGGUUACAUUGUAUUUUUUUAUCUCACUUUAAAACAAUCAGAGCUGUGCUUGUUAAUAUCAAAACAUUUAUUUGUAUAUUUGCAUUAUUUUCUGUCCAUUCUGAUGUCCAGCUUUUGAAGGACAUACAUGUUUUAUAUCAACUGUUCCACUGGUUGGUUCUUUUUAAAAAGUUUUCCUACUUUUGAAAUUGUGCCAAAAAUAAAGACUGAAGAAAAGCAA